UCUGCUAUGCUGCAUGCAUGCAUGACUGAGCGUGCCAUAUUGGUCCACAGCAUGUUUGUGUCCAUGACCAUGUUGAGAUUUUAUACCUAAAUUACAUCUUCUUAACGAAUUCAGUUAAAGCUUAGUGUUAAACAUAAUAAUUCUUUGACUUAAUAGAUUUUUCAGUCGGAAUUAUCUCGUCAGAUCAUUAGUUUGUGAAGUUAAGGGCGAAGUUUUGACUCCGACAAGCAGGACAAAGUAGUCUUUCUAGUCUACGUGGUCUAGGGGCCAGAGUAAGCUUCAACCUGCCCUAGUCAAGAUAUUUAAAAAAUAAGGGCCUACCAAUGUUAUAGUUUUAGCUGCUCUGCUUCAUUGCUGUUGGACUGGUCAGUCAUCUGGUCAAAAUGGCAGACGACAGUCAUCAGUCAGCAUCUACUUGGGAAGAUAGACAUGGCGGUAUAGUGGUUAAUGGGUCAUCAAGUGGUGAUUUGAUGUCGCCAUGUGAGGUUCUUGGCACAGAUGAAACCAGCGAAAAGUUGCCAUCAUUGGAAGUCAACGAUAACAAUGAUGAGAGUUUGGACUACAGUGAUGGUGAUGACGGCAACACAGAAGGGAACUAUGUUCUCAACAGCGACAAGGAUAGUGCUGGAGACAGCGUGAGUGAAUCAGGAAGCUACUCUCCUAAUGCUGACCAGCUCUUCCGGGAUCAGUCAGGAUUAGAUGAAGGAACAUACCGACCUCUCUCAGUGGAGGUUGACGACAACGUAGACGGUGCUCAAAUAGGCGGUCAGCAAGACAAUGCUCAGAAUGACCAGGCUAACCCCAACCAAGUCAUUGAGGACUUGAUCGACCACGCCGAGCACGACAUGUGCGACGACAGCGAGAGCGACCUAGGCAGCUACCACAUUAACUCGGACGAGGCUGACGGCAUUUUGGAGGAGAGCGAGAGCAGUGGAGGCGAGUACGAUGUGAGCAGCAGCGGCGAAGCCUCAGACGAGGACGGUGACGAGGAAUUUAGUGGCGUGGAAUUGCUGAGGGUCAAGUACAACCUCAGACAAGAGAACCCGCAGCUACCGGACACUGUCACGACACUGGAGACAGAAGACGGAGCGAAGGUGUAUGUCGUCGGUACAGCUCACUUCAGUGAACAAAGCCAACAAGACGUGGCUGAGUUAAUAUGGGCAGUGCAACCAGACAUAGUCAUGGUUGAACUCUGUAAAGGUCGACUCAGCAUUCUUCAGCUUGAUGAGGAGACGCUACUGGAGGAAGCUAAAGAACUCAACAUGGAGAAACUAAGAGUUUCUAUAAAACAGCACGGACUGAUUGGUGGAGUGAUGCAGGUCUUAUUACUCCAUAUGUCAGCUCACCUGACCAAGGAACUAGGCAUGGCACCUGGUGGAGAGUUCAGGAAGGCAUUCCAGGAGGCACAGAAAGUUCCAGGCUGCAAGGUUCAUCUGGGUGACAGACCGAUUCAGAUCACCCUGAACAGAGCUAUGGGAGCAUUGACGAUAUUCCAGAAACUACGCCUUGCUUGGUGUCUGCUGACAAGUAAAGAUCCAAUCACUCCUGAGGACGUUGAACGCUUCAAGCAGAAAGACCUGUUGAUGGAACUCUUGGAGGAGAUGAUGGGAGAGUUCCCCACGCUCAGCCAGGUCUUUGUGGCAGAGAGAGACAUGUACCUGGCCAACUCGCUUAGACUGUGUGCCGAGUCCCUCAGAUAUCCCCAAGAUAUGCAAGAUGAAGUUGUAGGUCAUCCAGUUGUUGUGGGUGUGGUUGGAAUUGGUCACGUGCCAGGUAUCAUCAACCACUGGCAGAAACCGGCAAGUCUUGAAGACAUCAAAGAACUUGUGAGUGUUCCCCCUCCGUCUCUGGCUGGGCGUGUCCUGCGCUGGGGUUUGAGGGUGUCUGUCCUCGGCAUCGUUGCUUGGGGCUGCUACAAAUGCAUACGGUGGAGCGGUAUUGCCGAGGACUACUGGUAAGAUGUAUGACUGCAUUCCAAUUGUCUAAGGCUAAUUGUUGUGGCUGAGAAGUUAUGAAGGAGUCUUGCUUGCGGAGUCACAACUCAGGAGUUUUUUUUUUCCAGGAAUGGUCCAAGAAUUCGGCAUAUUUUAUGUGAUGGGCUACUAUCAUAGAAUGCAUGCACAGGUGAAUGGAUCGUUAGCAUUCCUAUAGAAAGUUAGUGGCCAAUUAAACAUCGUCAAGGGUACAGUUCUUGAGAAUAUUGAAAUCUUGCGGUGGUAGCGAUUGUAUUUAAUAUGACCCCAUUUCAAAGGUUUUUAACACGUCUUGGUUAUUAUUGAAUGUGAGAAUUUGCCAACUCAAAAAUUAUUGUUCUUUUCUAAAGGCCUGGUAAACUUUCCGGGUUUGAGAACCAGUUUAGGUUUUGGUGAAAUGACCAGCGGAAACAUUCUAAUGUUUCCAAGCAAACAGUCCGUACUGGUUGAUGGCAUUUGGUAGACAAUUGCGGGAUGUCUUGAAGUCACCAAAUCAAUGCUGUUCUCACCAGAGAACCAGAUUAGCUGUUCACCCGAAUUUAGCCAAUGAGGAGGGUGCGAUGCUUAUGAAUAUGUAUGAAAUGACCAAGUGAUUAAUGUAUGAGUUUUGUUUAAUCAAAAAAUUCUAACAACAAAUGCUUCUUUCCACUUGGAAUUUUUGUUUUCUUUAUAAGAGGCUGUUACCUUGGAUUUGCAUGGCUCAAUAUCAUUAAACUUUUCCUGUUUUUAAAAAUUCAUUUUAGCAUGAAUCAAUAACUGAAUGUAAAGUCUUGUCAAUUACAUGUAUAUCAGAUUUUUUUUUCUUUUUGGGAAAUGAUCCUGAAAAAUAAUGUAGAAGCUAUCAACAAUCUGUUUAGCAAUUGUAUGCUACUGGUAAUGAAAAUAUUUGAAACUGUUGAAAUAUUCCAUUUUCAUCUUUACGGUCCUGAUGUGUUCAAGACCGGGGAAUUUAACAGUUGUAAUUAAAAAAGUUGUAAUUUGCAAGGUCUGUAGUAAACUAUGGCCAAUUCAUAAUUUGUAAGAUGCAAUCAAAGGUACACGCAUUUUGAAUAAUUUCAAUCUCAUUUAAAACAUUGUUCACAUACAUUUUCAUGUACACCUCCAAAAGCCCUUUACUUGCAAAUAUCGACUUUAUGACUUCAUUUUUCUUUUUGGCUGAAAGCCUUCCUCGGAACACAAAGAGUUCCGUUCCCAUUGUCAUAAUUUUCACCUUGAGCAUAUCUAAAUGUUUUGAUAUCUUUUCUCAUUGUAAAACUGAUUUCUUGGUUGCAAUAUUUCACAUAUUUGGAAUAUUUGUGACAAAGUGACAAAAUAAAUAUUGUAAAUGAUACAAAAUUGUAUAAGAUUAGUUUAGUAUUUUUAAACAACAAAACUUGGAUGGCACAAAUAAACUGGUUUCUUUUACACACUGACGGUGCCCAAGACUUCUUUCAGAAAGUGUAACAUAUUCAGAACAGUGACAGAACUUUUGUAAUGUCUAAAUGCACAUUCCCUGUUUUAGAAAUUCGUCUGGACCACCUACACAUUUAUAUUUUGAUAUAUACCCACACAAUCUUCUCUCUGGUGGGUGGUAUAUGAAUUUAGCAAGCUAACUUACUCUACAUGUAACAUACUUUAUCAUCAAUAUCUUUCUGCAUUUUCAAAUUUAAAACAGAUUAGGAAAAGAUUGAUAGAAUAAUGAAUCAUUCUUACGCCAGAACUUGCUUUAGGGAAGAAAGCUCUGAUUCAAACACAGCACACCAACAUUGACAAAAUUGUGAAACCUACUGUGAAUUGACAAAAAAGAUUCAAGUUUGUUUUAAAACAUUGUGCAAAAUGGUAUAAUAGCUAAGAAAACCUGUUUUCAAAAAGGGUAAAACUAUUUGAGAGUUAUAAUUAAUUUCCUGUGACAUUUAUGUUAUAUGAUUCUACCCUACCCCAAUUAUUUUCCAAUGGCUGUAAAUAAAAUAUUUACAAGAUGACUUUGACUUUCAUGA